CCCCCUCCGCCGCAGAGGCCCCGCCCCUCCCGGCCGCGCCGGGCGGACCCGCUGCCCCGGCGGCCACUUGCCCGCGGCCUGGGCUGGCCCGGGCGGGCGGCGGGUCGGGCCGCGCACACCCCCGGCCCCCGCUCCGCGCCCUCCCCCCGCCCGCUCCGCCCCGCGGGCCGGCGCCGCCCCGCGCAGCCGAUCAGCUGUCAUGCUUCCAUCUGCACGCCCGGAAGAGGACUCUGCUACCAAAGUCAUCGUUUCCAGCUAGACGCGCCCAAACCGAGCGGCUGCCAUGGAAACGGGCGGCGCGGAGGAGCCCGCCCGCAGCAGGUCGCAGUCGGUGACCUGCGGGCAGCGGGAGGGAUGCGACCAGCAGCCGGAGGAGAACGGGGACCGGCUGUCCGAGCGGGGCGACGCCUCCGUCACGGCCGCGGAGCCGCAGCAGCCUCAGCCGCCCGCCGGCAAGCUGAAGAAAACGGCUUUCAAGCUGUUUGGAGGGAAGAGGAGCAUCUGUACGCUGCCCAGUUUCUUUGGAGGCAGAAGCAAAGGCCAGGGGAAGGCAGGCUCCAAAAAGGGCCUCACUAAGUGUAAGACCCACGACGGGCUGAGCGGUGCCGCGUACGACAAGGGCGGCGGGGCGCAGCUGGAAAGCCCUUUGGAGGGGAGCAGGGACUCGCACCCUUGCCCUUUGGCGAGCUCCCAAAGCGCUCACCUGGCCGUAGACGCCAGCGCCAGGUUUGACUUCAGCCAGGGGGACGGCUCUCCACCCGGGAGUAUCGAUGGCUGUGAGAAAAAGCCCAACGGAGACAAGUCGUCCUUUCCCAGAGCCAAGAAAGGCCUGAAAGGGUUUUUUAACAGCAUCCGGCGUCACCGGAAGAGCAAGGCUGCCGAGUGUGAGAAAGCAGAGCUCCCCGAGUGGACGGGGGAUGCGGAGGAGGCCGGCAAAGCUCCUGGCGUGGGAGCGGAGAGCGGCGGGGCGGCAGAGGGACAGGGACAGGGACCCAUCCCUCUUGCCGCGGGGUGCCUGGGGAGCUCGGAGGACGACCGCUCGGUAGGCGCAGCUGCCAAGUGCGGAGAGGCCGCCCAGCCCGGCUGUCUGGCGGCUGCCGAAGGCAGCUCUGAGGGCGACGCGGUGGCGGUGCCGGGGAAGAGGGAGGUUCCGGAUACGAGAUCCGAGGCCGACGCUGAUGUCUGCACGGAGUUUGACGGUGGCAAUGUGCUGCUGGCCUUUCAUCCGGAACUCACGGACAAGGACCCUCCGUGCCUCCACUCUGGGGACCUGCUGAGCUUCAUCUUGGGAGACGUCACGUCCCUGAAGAGCUUUGAUUCCCUGACGGGCUGCGGAGACGACAUUGCUGAGCCCGACAUCGCCGAGAGCACCAUCUCUGUGGAGCGCAGCAGAGACGCUGCCAAACGGAGCUCCUGCCUGGUCACCUACCAGGGCGGUGGGGAGGAGAUGGCCAUACCCGAGGAGGCGGAGGAGUACCUGCACCAGCUAUGGAGCAGCCACGCGGCAGGGGAGCGGAGCUACGGAGCCCGGGUGUCGAGGAGCAGUUUGGAGACAGAGGCCUGGCACGAGGCGGAAGGCCAGCCCUACGCGGGGGACGCGACGGACGGCGUUGAGCUCCUGACGCCCCAGAGCGACCAGCAAGAGUCCGCCCCUAACAGCGACGAGGGUUAUUACGACUCCACCACGCCGGGGCUGGAGGACGAAGGCGGCGACGGGCUCGGUGAGAUGAAGAAGGACCGUCUUCCGAGAGACAGUUACAGCGGUGACGCACUUUAUGAGUUUGACGCGCUGAUGAGCCCCGCUGCCGGGGAGGAAUCGCUGUUUGAGAGCAAAGUCUCGCCCCCGGGGAUCUUCAGCUACUUCUUGGACUUCUGCCUGCCUGCCGAGAAGAGCCUGGUGCAGAUGAUGGACCAGAAAAGAGGGGUGAUGGAAACGGAAGAAGAGCGUCUGGCGGCCAUUCAGAAAGAGCUGCUGUACUGGGAGCUGCAGAGGGAACCGGUCCUGAAACGCCUCGAUGUUCCCAGCAAGGAGAAGCGUCCCCGGGAACAGCAGUGCGUUGAAUGUAAAACUAGAGCAGCCAACUCGCUUGGCAAGACUCAGAGCGGCCUCGGUAGCGAGCCGGUGGCCUCGCCCGCCCCGAGCAGGGGUGCGAAGAGUGGGCUUCUGGUGGCGAGAGGUGAAAAUCCCGAGUGGGGAGAUUUUCCAGGGCCUCUGUGUCCCGAAAACUGUUACAGCAGCCAAAAAGCCCAGGGAAGUUGCCUUAUUCAGCUCACGAAGAACAACUCGGGGUUCGAUUCGGACCCGGACUGUGGGAUGUUUGGCGUAGCCCCGGCCAAAGCAGGAAUGUUCCCCGGCUACAGGCUCCCGGAGCAGGAGCGUGGCGGCGGAGCGGAGAGCACCACGGGCAAGCCCCAGGUGGGCAGCGAGCACGAGCCCGAGCACGCGGUGAGCUUCUCGCAAGCGCUGGUGGAGUUUGCCGGCAGCGGGACCCUCUUCUCCAGCCUGUCGGAAAGUCUGGGCAGCUCUGCCUCCGGGUCGUCCUUCACCCAGAACCUCCCUGCCCUCCCCACCAUGGUCACCUUUGACGUCGUCGACGUGGAGCAGGAAGGAGAGGGGGAGUGCGAGCAGCACCCCGAGAUGAACGGCGGCGAGGACAUCGCGGAGGCCUUUGACGAGGGCUACGGACAGAAAGAGUCGUUGGCCGAAUGUGACGAGAGAAUGUCCCCGGGGUACGCCCCGGGCCCCUUCCAGAGCUGCAACUGGGGUGUUGCCAGCCUGCCCCGGCACCUGCGCCUGCACGGGCUGGGCCCCUCCGCGCCAGCGCCGCUCUCCGUCGACCGGAGGAGCCGGUCGCUCGACACGGAGAGCCUGGAGUUUGAGCUUGCCGACGCGCAGGCUGCCAGGAGCGGCCCUCAGCCCUGCCGGCUCUGGUCGAAGCGGGAGGGCGGCCAAAGGGACUCGGGCGGAGCGAGGAGGAGCAGGAGCGAGGAGGAGGGCGAGCCGGCGGCUCCCGACGGUGGGUUGAGCUGGCCGGGCUCGCCGCACCUCCGGCACGACACCGACGCGGCUGCCGGCGGGGGGACGAAGCCCUGGGCUUUUGCUCCGGCCGCCGCGAUGGAGCGUGCCUGGGAGCCGUCGGAGCAGCCGACGUCCCCCUUCCCGCCUCUUUCCCAGGGUGUCGCUGGAGAGACUCCGGCCAGGCGGCCCCCAGAGCCGGAGCCGAGCAGGCACCCGCUCAGGCCCUCCAAUUUGCCUCUGCAGCCCGAGGCGAGGCGGUCCCGGGAGGCGGCCGGUUCCUACAGGUACCCGGGCGAAGUCACCGCCAAGAACCUGGCUCGAUUGUUACCCUUGGGAGAAACAGAGCCCGCGCUGCCCCCGAGCUUGAGUUUCCCGCGCUCGCCGGAGAAACGCGCCAAGUGCAGACCCGUCGGCAUCGCCCAGGGCGUGCCUCAGCACCCCAACGGCAGCACCGACACCACGAAAGGCGCGGAGCGCUGCGGAGAGCCCCUGAAAGGCAGAGCCCCCCCCGGGCACGUGCUGCCCAUCGGCUGCCGCAGCGCUGCCCUGAGCGUCGCCGAAGCCGAAUAGCCGCUCCGGGGAGGGCGUGCAAAGGGUUGCCAAGCGCGGGGAGGGGGAAAAUAAACCUGAGCGAGGAACUGGUGAGUGACUUGAAUGUAGACCUGAGCUGGUCAGGAUGAGCUCCUCUGCCGCAGCCGCGGUACGUGGUCUCGCCGCUGCGGGUGCUCUGGCGGGGUUCAGAGCUGCCUCUGGGAUUUGUACGUUAACUCUGAGGCGCUUUCUUGUUUUCCAGCGCGAGCCGCCCCGCUCUCGGACGCCCAGUGCGGUCGCAGCCCCCGGCGCGCUCACGUUGCUGCUAGAACGAAAGCUGGGAACGGACCCGUUGCUAGCGUGGCAGGUUUGGGGGUUUCUGCAGGAUUGGAGCCGGGGGAGCAAGCCUUGGGGAAGCUUUUGGGAGCAAUUGGGUAUUUUCUUCCUCUCCUGGGUGAAAUGUUUGGUUCGGGCUCACUUCGAAUGUCUCGAUUCGGGGAGGCUGGGAGGAAAGACGCUGGUUAUUUCUGGAGCGGGGACGGGAGGCGAGUCAGCUGAAAAGGGAACUUUGCAGUAGCAUUUUUAUUUAUUGUGUUUUUUCCCUUGCCCCAAAGGAGCAGGAGCUUUUGUGCGCAUGCCGGUACCAUUUGCCAGGUCUAGUUUGAAUUUGCUCAAAGAUACUGCGCUCGGAGAGCUGUGCUGUCGAUGGUGUCCCUUCUAAGUGUCGGUCCCUUUGUUGUCGUGGUCUGUCUUCACGGUGCGUCAUUCCCGGAUGAAACCUUGCCCGUGCUUUGUCCCACGCUCGUCGCCUGUCCCGGGCCGUGGGCACACGGACGAGGUCUGUGAAAUAAGCUGAAUUUGCAUCGCGCCCGUAGCUGCAAAGUGGCAGAUGCCGUUCCUUUUGUCAAGAGGAAGUUUUGGGGGUUUUGUUUUUUCUUUUAAAUUAUUUCACAGUUGUUUUCUUUGCAUAAACUCAUACCAGGAAAGUAUUCUGUUAAUUGGAAUACAGGACGUAACGCAGCCUAAAUUAGGCUUCAGGACUUCCUCCUCCUCCUCCUCCUCCUCCUAACUGGAGGGGACAGAAAAGCUGGAGGUUGCUGCAGGUUUUGGAUUUCUUUUCCUCUUUGGAGGAGCGUGGAGGAGGGACGCGAGCAAAGGAGACAGACUUUGUCUGCGGAGGUCGUACAAGCUCCUGGAAACAUCCAUUUCAGGCCGUUGGUCCCCGAGACAUCUCCCAUGCCCUCCGUGAUCUCAGCCACGCUUGUCUCUAAACCAAACCUCCCUGUCCGUGGCUUACAAAGCUGCUUCCUGCUCUGUGCAGGCUCUGUAUUCCGAUUUUAAUUCGGUUACCGAUGACGGGUUUUGGUUCCCCUCCCCUGUUUCUGAUUUUCUCUGCAGCAGAGUUUGUAGCAGUAGAAAAACUGGAUGCUGCUCCCGCUGCGCGUCCACGUCCCCCAGCGGGAGAGGAGAAGGCGGUCGGCCAGCGCAAGGUCCCCUGGCCUCCAAGGUUGUGUCGUUAAUGCAGCGCGUGAGCAUCUGCUAACGAGUAUUGCCUCAUUGGAACAGGCUCCCGUCUUGCUCGGAGCAAGGACAGGCUCAGGUGUGUGCACCGCACGUCUCACCGCCACUCACAAAAUAAAUACCGGGAGCAAGUGCUGCUGGCGACAGCGGAGCCGCUGUCACGCGGAGCGGCGUUCGCAGCAAUGGCUUGGCUGAGCAGCAGCCCCGUACCGGGUUUGAAUUCCUGUUUUAUUUUAGCGCAUCACCAAAGGCAUCUCGCGGGCGGAGGGGGUUUUGUUUAGACACGGUGCAGCCUUUGCCAAAGCCUUGGCGAGGUCGGAAAGUGUCUCGGUGCUACAACGAGCGUUGCGUUGCAAAGGCGCGUCUCUCGGAGUGACUCUGGGUUGUAGGUACGUGAUGGAAAGGCUUAGUGAAAACAGCUUCUGGACUCGAAUGUGUGAAAGCAAUACAGCCAAGACUUGAUAAUCUGACUUUAUACCAAAGGUUUCUCCUCUUAAUUUGAUGCAAACUAAGUGAAGCAAAUACCUAUUGACUUGAAAUGAGUUUUCUAAAAGCAUUUGUGGAGCCAAUUUCCUGCAUUAUUGGCAUCUUCUGGGCCAUUAACCCAAAAGAGUAAGAAUUUUGAAGACGCUAACCCGGCCUGUAAAUUGUCACUGCCGUAGAGAGCCUGGCUUUCCCUGCCUAACGUCCCGCUCUCCCUAACGUCUGUCCCGGGAUGGCUCGGGCCAGAUCUUCUGGCCUGGAUCUGGAUCAAGCCGUUAGUCAAACACGGCCUUUACCUGGGGAACUCCAAUGUGAGAGUGAUAAUUAAUCAAUGACAAAGGGCUUCUGAGCCAGGACUGAGGCAUGGAACGGGGCAGAGCAGAUCGUCUGGCCAAGAUAUUGAGGCCAAAGUCCCCUGGAGGAACUCGCCGGAUCCGUCCCUUCCAGGGCAGGUCUCGCCUCAAAGCGACGAGUUACGGCUGUGAACCUGCACCGAAACCACUGACGUUGGGGUCAGCCUACCAAGUAAUUCUGUAUUGCGUUUUGGGGACUUGGGGGGGUUGUUUCUUUUUAUACACAUGAGAAAACGGUCGAUUUUAUCUAUUUUUGUAUAGUUUUGCAUUUUAUAUUCACGGGGAAACUUUACGGACUGUUCUUUUACUCGUGGUCGUUGUCUUUCGAAGCGGUGGGGUUUUCUUCCGACGGAGAAAAGGCAAUUAUUGCUGCUGCUGCCGCCGCCCGUGCAAUGCAAGGAAACCCCCUGGCUCCUCGUGUCCUCCUGUAACGCCCGUUCCACUUUAUGCGCAGGGCCAGCGCUGAGCCCAGCAGCCGCCCAUUGCGAUACACACCCGCUCUCUGCACACGCCGCUGGGACGUCCUGGUUUUAACACUGCUCUGUCACACUCGUCACGGUUCCUUCUUUGUUUCUAAGCUUUGUUUUCAGUCUGUAUUUGGGUGAAGUGAUGAAUAAAACCCAGCGAAGCCUCUCAGCUCUAAAGAAAACCAAGAAUUCUCCCUUGUGGCAGGCGCCCCGUGCUUCCCCUCUGCCGUGCGGCUGCGGGCAGGCUGCGGAGCUGGGCUGCGGGCGCCCUGGGGGCGGAGGUGGCUCCUCCCAGGCGACCGACUUGUCUGAAUUUUGGGGGUUUUUUCUGUUUUCUUUCUGGUCUCAUUGCUACUAGUCCUUUAAGCUUUUUAAUGUAUCGAUUGUGUUUUGAAAUGAAUGUUCCUUCCACUGCAUUCUAAUGAAUAAACUUCAGAUUUUUA